AUGGGAAACAUCAAAUCCGAAUUAGAUUUAUUGAAACAGGAGAAUGCCAGACUUAUGGCUAGAAUCGUAGAAUUGGAACAGAUUGCGAAAGAAAAAGAUGAACUUGAGGGAGCAACUUCAGAACAGAUAGACAAUACAAUUUCCGAUACAUUUAACCUUAAUGAAACAUGCUCUGGCAAAUCUAAAUCAUUAGAAGAUAAAGAAAUUGAUGACUUUUUAGAUUCGGAAAAUAAGAAAAGGAUUAAUGAUGAGAUAAGGCAAAGGAAUAAGGAAAAAAAGCUAUUACAUAGUAAGGAAACUUCCACUUCUCAGGAUCAAGAUUUACCUUUAGUUAAUCAGGACACUUCAACGGAAUCUGAAAAGACAAUGACAUCCUCAUCAUUAUAUGAUGCAAAAACUGUGACAAAAUGUCACAAUCAAAACCAUGCCCUUGGCAAUUCUGAUACUACCUCCGAAAUACUUGAAUCAGAUAAUCAAAUUGUAGAAGGUUUAAUACAAGAGAUGACUUGUAUUCAUACACAAAGUAUUGUCUCCUCCGAAAUUAACUCCACAUAUUCAAAUAACA